GUCAGUUAAACGUUAGUUUGAGUUACUAGAACUGUACCCAGUCAAUCACUCUCAGUGUCAGUAUUCCGUUGGGCGAAAACAGCUUUCGACGUUGUUCGUAUUGUUCUUUUAACGUCCAACUGGAAGACGUCUUUAUUGUGACGUCGGCCUUUCCCAUCAAUCUCCUCUUUCCUUCACAACGACGUGAAAAGAAAUACACGCAAAGAUUCAGCAACUUUUCGCAGAAAAAUGAUCGAAAUGGAGGCCACAGAUGUCGCUAUGACCAUAUAUAUUCCAAGGAUGUACGGAAUAGGUUAUAUUUUUGAUGGAAUGUAAGUAUUCUAAGAAUUCAGUAAAGAAAAAAAUGUAUUAUGUGAGCUAUAAAUGCUUUGAUUUCGCGAUGGGGUUGGGGAUUUGUGAAAUCAUUCGACAACACAAUAUUAAUUGGUAAUAAUGGUUAGGGAAUUCAAUAAAAAAAAACAAUUACAAAACGAAAAGAAAUAAUCAAUUCCGUCAAAUCAUGUUAUACAAAUUGUAUGUUGUAGGUUUGACAAGCAGAUUGUCAAACAAUGUGAAAAGAAGAUCAAAGAAAUGGAAAAGGGGAUUAAAAAACACAAUCAAAUUUACAAGAAAUUGCAGGAUCAACAAAAGGUGUGUUGGCUUGCCAACAGAAAAGUUGCAUACAAAUUGGAUACUUCAAAGAAGAUUAAUGAUUACAUAGAAGAAAAUGUAAGUGCGCAUGGAGAACGCACAACACAAAAAGCGAUAAAAAAGGUUCAGAAACAUCUUCAAGAAACAUUAAAGCAAGCGAAAAGGACGGAACAAAAGCACAAAAAUCUUCUGGAACAGGAGUCCAGGAUAAGAUCAUCUGUCAAAAAGCUGGAACAGGACAUAGUCAAAAUGAUUGAAUUCCAAGUGAAUGAUAGGACACGAACUUCAAUACCCGUUAAUAGUAGGAUACACACAAUCAUACCGAUACAAACUCUUGUGCAAAGAAUGAGUAGCAAAUACCAGUUUACCAUGCCUCAGGAGUUUAAUGAAAAGAAUGGAUUCUAUGCAAGGUUGCCAGAUUUUGAAUUAAUCAAACGUGAAUUCCGUAGAUAAAGACUGUGAUAUUGAGUCGAAGAGCAUAACAUACAACAUACAUUUUUGUAAAUGACUUUUCGUGUGUUUUAUUUAUUUUAUUUUUGUACUGAAUAAAUUAUAAUAUAUUU